GCCUCCUUCACCCGGCGGUGGCUGCGGCGGGAUGGCGGCGGCAGCGGCGACACCGACACCAGCUCCGGGAGUCAGUGGCUCGGGCAUGGACGCACGACUGGACCAGGAGACCGCGCAGUGGCUGCGCUGGGACCGGGCUGCUGAGUCUUUUCUAGCUAUCCAAGGUCAAUAUUAGGACUUGUGAGGUCUACCGUAGAACUCAGAGAAGCCCUGGAUAUUGGGUGUGGCCAGGAAGUCUGUGUUUUCUCAUCCACUCAGCAGAUGGCUGCUGAGCUCCUUGUGUAUACCAGCUCUGAGCCUUUCCUUGGGGGCACCUGACAGUUUAAUGGAAUCCCUUAACUUCGGAGUCAGUGAAGCAGCUCGUGGCUGAGGGUAAUAAAGAAGAGCUGCAGAAAUGCUUCGGGGCCCGGAUGGAGUUUGGGACAGCUGGCCUGCGAGCGCCCAUGGGAGCAGGGAUUUCUCGAAUGAAUGAUUUGACUAUCAUCCAGACCACGCAGGGAUUUUGCCGGUACCUGGAAAAGCAGUUCAGUGACCUGAAGCAGAGGGGCGUGGUGAUCAGCUUCGAUGCCAGAGCUCACCCGGCCAGCGGAGGCAGCAGCAAAAGGUUUGCCCGGCUGGCUGCCACUGCAUUUAUCAGCCAGGGGGUUCCCGUGCAUCUCUUCUCCGAUAUAACCCCAACCCCAUUUGUGCCUUACACAGUAUCACAUCUGAAACUCUGUGCCGGGAUCAUGAUCACAGCCUCGCACAACCCGAAGCAGGACAAUGGCUAUAAGGUCUACUGGGACAAUGGAGCCCAGAUCAUCUCGCCACACGAUCGAGGCAUUUCUCAAGCUAUUGAAGAAAAUCUAGAGCCCUGGCCUCAGGCUUGGGACGAGUCUUUGAUUGACAGCAGUCCCCUGCUUCACGACCCCAGCACUUCCAUCAGUAAGGACUACUUUGAAGACCUCAAAAGAUACUGUUUCCACAGGAGCGUGAACAAGGAGAGCGCUGUGAAGUUUGUGCACACCUCUGUCCAUGGUGUGGGUCAUGAGUUUGUGCAGCUGGCAUUCAAGGCCUUCGACCUUGCUCCUCCAGAAGCUGUACCCCAACAGAAAGAUCCAGAUCCUGAGUUUCCAACUGUCAAAUACCCGAAUCCUGAGGAGGGUAAAGGUGUCUUGACUUUAUCUUUCGAGUUGGCUGACAAAAUCAAGGCCAAAAUUAUCUUAGCCAAUGACCCGGAUGCUGACAGACUCGCUGUGGCAGAAAAGCAAGACAGUGGUGAGUGGAGAGUGUUCUCAGGCAAUGAGCUGGGGGCCCUGCUGGGAUGGUGGCUCUUCACUUCCUGGAAAGAAAAGAACCAAGAUCGAAGUACCCUCAAAGACACAUACAUGCUGUCCAGCACCGUCUCCUCCAAAAUCUUGCGGGCCAUUGCCUUGAAGGAGGGCUUUCACUUCGAGGAGACAUUAACUGGCUUCAAGUGGAUGGGCAACAGAAGCAAACAGCUAGUAGACCAGGGGAAGACGGUCCUAUUUGCAUUCGAAGAAGCUAUCGGGUACAUGUGCUGCCCCUUUGUCCUGGACAAGGAUGGAGUCAGUGCGGCUGUCAUCAGUGCAGAGCUGGCGAGCUUUCUAGCGACCAAGAAUUUGUCUUUGUCCCAGCAGCUGAAGGCCAUCUAUGUGGAGUAUGGCUAUCAUAUUACCAAAGCUUCAUAUUUUAUCUGCCACGAUCAAGGCACCAUUCAAAAAUUAUUUGGAAACCUAAGAAACUACGAUGGGAAGAGUAAUUAUCCCAGAACAUGUGGCAGAUUUGAAAUCUCUGCUAUCAGGGACCUUACAACCGGCUAUGAUGACAGUCAACCUGAUAAGAAGGCUGUUCUUCCUACCAGUAAGAGCAGCCAAAUGAUCACCUUUACCUUUGCUAAUGGAGGUGUGGCGACCAUGCGGACCAGCGGGACAGAGCCCAAAAUCAAGUACUAUGCCGAGCUGUGUGCUCCCCCUGGCAACAGUGAUCUGGAGCAGCUGAAAAAGGAGCUAGAUGAGCUAGUCGGCGCCAUUGAAGAACAUUUUUUCCAGCCACAAAAGUAUAACCUGCAGCCAAGAGCAGAAUAAAGCAUUCUAGCAUUGGCCAUGACUACAUUUACCUCAAUUAAACUGAACUUUAAUCUUUUGGGUUUGGGUUUGGGUUUUUGAGACAGGGUUUUUCUGUGUAACAGCCCUGGCUGUCCUGGAGCUCACUCUGUAGUGAGUCAGUCUGGCCUGGAAAGCUCAGAGAUCCGCUUGCCUCUGCCUCCAGAGUGCUGGAAUUAACACGUGCACCACCAUGCCAGGCUGAACUUGAUUUUUAAAACAACAUUCUUGAGGACCAAGUGUUUUGGAUAAUCACCACAAGUAUUUGCAUAUUUUCAACAGCUCUACCUUCCUUGGGUUUUAUAUUUUUGGCCCAAAAAGUGAAUAAAGAAAACAUGACCAAACCCAACAAACCAACAUCUCUAUGAAAAUGUUAAGUCUGGGCAUUAUCUGAAUUUUUUAAAUAAAGAUUUUUUUUUAAUUCAAAAA